AUGUCGGGGCUUGCGCCGCUUUUGGACGUGACUGCAACCGAGUCACAAAAGGCUUAUGAGCAGUUUUUCCAGUGUAUCGAUUCAAGAUCUAUGGCUCCGCCGGCUUUGCAGCCCACCACGAAAAUCGUCUGGAACGGUUCUCCGCUGGGCGGGCGGGACGCCUUUAUGGCCAUGCUGGCCCAGAUGCCGACAACAAAACACGAGGUUACGGGAUUUAAUGUACAUCCUUUCCCUAAUGGCGAUACUAAUGCUUUGAACAUGAUGAUGGAUACCUCUGGGAGAGUCCAGUUUGGCAGCGAGCGUGGUGCCAAUAUUUUUGCAUUUCAAGCUACUUUUGUCUUACGAAGGGCCGGUGCUGGCGCUCCUUUGGUGACUGAACAGCUUGUCUAUCGUUUAGUAUAUAAACCGGCUGAUGCCACUAUAAGUAUUUAA